CCUUGAGCUACUUUGAGCGCCGGACAGCUCCCGGUUGCCUCGCUCCACCCAUCUCCCACCACGCGCAGAGGAUUGGCGGAAAGAACAGCCACACACGCCACAGUUCAGGUGACUCGUGCGAUAGUGAGAUAUCGGUGAAGAGGGGAUUUCUUUUUCGAGAGGUAUUUCAAUUCUGCAUCCUCUGAGACCUCACAUCGUCGUCCUACACGCACCUCUCGGUCUCGAGAAAUUAUUUUACAGAGAGCUCCCAAAACGCAGCCCGUGUUUACGGUGAUCUAGAGGUAGGGCGUCACUUUAACUGUAAACCGUCUGGGAGGUGGUGGAGAUGAUUGGUCGACCGUGAUAACAUCUGCCCGUCACAGAUGCAGUCUGAGCAACGGAAGAAGCGGCGAGGAGCGCGGAGUCAGACGCGAGCUGCACCUAGGAGACAAACCCUUUGGAUGUUAAACUCCGGUACACGUCAGAGACGGCUUGUUUUAGUUGCGGAAGCCACAAAUUACGGUGUCGGUUAUGCUCACGCUUGACUAAGGGAAGACGGUUUCUCCCGCGGAGAGCGACGGUGCACGCGAUGGCUUUCUCACUCAUUCUCCUGCUCUUCCGAAUGGGGCUUGUCUUCGGAUCAAACUACGGUUACGUAGAAUGGUCCGACAACGACAAAGACGCAGAGAUACGGGCAAAUAUACCGACUAUCCUCAGCACCCAAAACCAAGCAAUCAACAAAGAAUCGUUUCAUUACCCAACUUACUACCCCGGGCACGCGACCGAGCGCACGGUGGUGGCGCACAAGAUCGAGGAGGACCUGCCGCGGGUAGUGACAGCCUUCCUCCACACCGGAGAUUCUUCGGCGCUGCGGCAGGUAAACUGCUCCCGGAGAUACGAGCUCCGGAGCCUCCGUGGUGGCACGCGCGUCGCAUCACACUACUCCCUGCACACCGUGCUGGACACCGUGGCGCACGCGACCAACUUCCUCAACAUGAUCCUCCAGACCAACAGGUCGCGAGAGCACAGCCUCCGGCGGGACAUUCACUGGUAUCACGCGCUGGUCAGGAGCAUCCUCGAGGGCGACCCCAAAAUCCACCGGGCGGUGGUAACUUUCCACACGGACGCGCCAACGCCCGGUCCUCACAUCUUCCUCCAGGCGACCAGGACAGACAAGCAAGUGGUUCUCCAAGACCUCUCCGGUUCUGCUCACCUCCACCUCAGGAGCCGAACACCGGAUUCGGAGUGGUUUAACGAGUUUAGGGACCGGAAAAGACCCCAGCUACAGAAGAGAGCGUCCAGCCUGGACGUUACCGCCGCUCCGAACGUCUACUUCCUGGAUAAAAGCCAGAUCCGGUGGUCCGCGCCGUUCCUGGAGUGCGAGCACGGAAGCUUUGUACCGCACUGGUUGCUCACCUUGUCCGCGGGAUUUUACGGACUGAGGAAAGACUCUGCGCCCGAGUUCAGGGGGGUCGUGCGUGUGGAUGUCAACCUCCAGGACAUGGAUAUCAACCAGUGCUCCAGCACAGGAUGGUUCUCUGGGACACACCGCUGUAACUUGACCAGCAUGGAGAACCCACCCUGUUCUCUCUACAGAACCCACCAUGUUCUCUUUGCAGAACCCACCAUGUUCUCUCUGCAGAACCCACCAUGUUCUCUCUGCAGAACCCACCAUGUUCUCUCUGCAGAACCCACCAUGUUCUCUUUGCUUGUCCCACUGGAACUGCUGCUCUCCUCCCUGUUCCACAGCAUCAGGUUCUACCUGGCCCCUAGCCUGCAUCCUGAUUGGAUGCUCAUGCUGUUCUUCGCUCACACACACCUGACGGUCACCGUGACACUAGGCCUGCUACUGGUCCCCAAGUUCCUGUCGUCGGGGCGGCAGGUGAGGGAGGACACUGUGACGGAGACGUAUGAUGAGGAGCUGGACCUGGGCCGCUCUGGGUCCUGCCUGAACAACAGUAUCACCUCUGCCUGGAGCGAGCACAGCCUGGACCCUGAGGAGAUACGGGAGGAGCUGAGGAGGGUGUACAGCCAGCUGGAGGUGCACAAGCACAAGAAGAUGCUGACCAACAACCCUCACCUGCAGAAGAAGCGCAGCUCCAAGCGUGGCCUGGGUCGCUCGCUCAUGAGGCGCAUCACCGAGCUGCCUGAGAGUGUGCACGUGCACCGGCAGGCCAGCCGGGAGGGCCGCGAGGGGAGGGAGGACGGAGACGGCGACCACGGUAGCAACCGUAGCACGCUGCGACGGAACCCGUUGGACGGCGCCGCCCGGUCUGGGAGGAGCCACCAGCGGGACAACUCCCUGAAGAACAAGGUCCUGGACCUGGCAAGAUCCCUCAGCUACGACCACGUCUGCGCCCAGGGGGAGGAGCUGGGGGAGCAGGGGGAAGAGCCAGGGGAGCAGGGGGAGGAGUCAGGGCAGAAGGGGGAGGAGCCAGGGCAGCAGGGGGAGGGAGGAGAGACCCGAGACAAAAAGUCUGCCGUCGCCGGCAACAAGACGGUCGCCCCCGGUGACGGGUCUCUCCUGGGCUCUCUGAUUGGCCGGAGGCAGCAGACCAGGAAGUCCCCGGAGCCUCCCAGGGUGGAGCAGGCGGGGUCGGCCGAGUCUGUCCCUCUGGUGUGUUCCGGAAAGUCGGUCAGUGCCCACAACCUGACGGCGGACGGCAAGAAGCCGGCACUGCUACGGACCUCCAUCAUGCAGAAGUCCCUCAGCGCCAUCGCCAGCGCCAAGGAGAGGAUGCCCGGCCUGGCCAAUCGGACGGUGGGACGGGACGGGGGCGGGGCUCUCUCGGAGGUGGACGAAACCCCGGAGUGUUACCCCUCCAAGAUGAUCAUCAGCCAAUCGGUGGAGUGCAGCAAGACGGUGGGCAUCAUGCGCGGGGCGGUGAGCGGGAGCCAGCCCUCCGUCCUGGAGGAGGUCUGCCCCUGGGAGGUGGAGGACCCCCCCGCGCCCGCCGAUGGUAGGGCCCAGAAGCAUGUGUCCAUCGCCCCGGGAGAGACCACUGCGGCCCACCGUAGGGGGAGCGGAUGCAGCAGGGCCCAGCAGAAGCAGAGAGCCUCCGGACAGUCUCCCGCCAACCGCCGGCGAUCGAAGGAUAAGGGAGGAGAGAGGGAUGAGGGGAGGAAACCUCGCUCUCCCCUCCCGCUCAAACCCGAAGUCUGUCCCUGGGACUUCGAGGAGCCCCUGAAGCUGGGCGGGGACUCUGGGUCCCUCUCCCCCGACAGGAUCAGGCACAAGAAGAGCAUCACGCCCACUGACGGCAAGCCCAAGGCUUUGCACUCGGACCACUCCAAGUCCACGGGCUCCCUCCUGCAGCCCCCCAGCCUCAUGGUGGACAUCUGCCCCUGGGACGAGGAGCCGCCCCCCUCGCCCUCACCCUCCAGCCCCACGCCCCACUCCCGACGCAAGCGCAAGGGCUCCUGCUCGUCCAAGGACCGGGGGGAGAAGGGGGAGAAGGGGGGGCGGGACAGGGAGGAGGAGAAGAACAGGUCCAAGAACAAAGAGAGGCGGAGUUCCGGCUCCUGCAAGCCCUCCGAGAGGAGGCGCGUCAGCCAGUCUUCUGAGGGAGGACCCGUCGCCACGACGACGUCCGGGCGGAGGCGGAGCUCCACGAGGGACCCGGAGGGGGGAGGGGGGGAGUUGAGGAGGGCGGAGGGGGGGAGGGGGUGAGGGGAGGAGGGCGGAGGGGGGAGGGGGUGAGGGGAGGAGGGCGGAGGGGGGAGGGGGGGAGAGCAGGAGGGCGGAGGUGUGUCCCUGGGAGAGCCAGCCACCUCCCUCCCCCAACGACACAGCGCCAGCCUUCACACGCACACUCCCCGCCACACACACCGCGACUAAGACACCGCUGGCAGCACACACACUCCCCUCGACACACGCUGCAUCAUCUAAGACCCCCCUGACAGCACACGCCACCAGCCCCUCCCCAGAGAAGAGGACAGACUCCGCCCACAACUCCAACAGCAGUCCAGUGGUCAGCACUGCCAAGAUGGCCGACGUCUGUCCCUGGGACUAUGACGACACAGACUCCGGGAAGAAGGCCUGAAGGGGUGCAUUUGUUUUAUGCUCCAGGACAACAGAGAGACUUGGUAAGGAGGAGACAGACAGAAGCCAGGAGGGCUUCUGAGAAAGUCACCCUGGGGUGUGUUUGUUUUAAACUCACAGACAGCACAAACCGCCCUGUGAGCCGGGUUAUGGGGUAAAAGGCAUCUGGAGAAGAGAGGGAGAUGAAAAGAGAGAGAAGAAGAAAACAGGAAGUUGUUGCGAUCCCUCUAAUGCAUUCCAAACACAGUAUGUGUUGAAUCAUAAACUUGAUGUUGUUACUCGUGUGAAUAUGCAACUUUGAAGUCACUUUAUCGGUCGUGUAAAGGGAUGUACAGUAGACACCCGCUCGCUCGCUAGUCGUACAUUUAACAUUCUACCUUUUCCUUUUUUUCUAUUUCACCCACGAAACAAACUCACCCAAGCUACACGGUCUGAACCCGGAGAGGAAACAUGACGACUCGUCCUGUCAGAUCACCAUGACGACUCGUCCAGUCAGAUCACCAUGACGACUCGUCCAGUCAGAUCACCAUGACGACUCGUCCAGUCAGAUCACUAUGAGCACUAAGAACUGUUAUGAGCAUGAACAGAGAGUCGAAGAUGUUGAUUAAACGUUUGGGAUGGAUGUGAGCAUGUAAACUCAUAUCCAUAUAAGUGUAUGAUGGUUAUAAGCUGGGGGUUAUAAACUCUUAUUUGUGGUUAUGAGUAUGUAAUGUAUACUGAUCAUAAGCACAUACAGAUGUGUAUAAGCUUAUUCAGAUGGUUUACAGAAUACUGAUGGUUAUAAGCCUUUAUAGGUGGUUGUAAUCAUACAUGCUUUUACAGAAAUGCUGAUGUUUAUAAGCUUAUUCGGAUGGUUUACAGAAUAUCGAUGGUCAUAAGCAUGUAUACAUCACACGCACAUACGUAUGGUUAUAAGCCUUUAUAGACACUUUAUGAAGACAUCAUCUUAGCUGCAUACAGAGGCUGUGGCCCAGUAGUGACAGUGCUCUAUAUACAGAAUGAAACCAUAUCAAACAUUCAUACUGACUCUAGGAUGAGCCCAAGCACAAGCUGCCAUCAAAUAUCCAUGAAGGAGGAGUGGAGAGGAUGUACAGGAACACACAUGCUCGUCUCUGCACAGGAAUGUCUGAAUAGAAGAAAAAAACGGUUUGAAAACAUUUUGGUACAAGUAGAACAUUGUGGAAAUAUUCCAAGCUAGAACCUAAAUGUUUUAGAUGGGUUUUUUGUGUGCGUGGUUUUUAUUUUUUAUAAGGUUCCGCUACAAAGAUAUCUAAAUGUGUGUGGCACUUUUUCUCACGGCUCAUCUCUUCUCUCCUCCUCUCCUCUCAUUUUCUCUCUCCUCUCCUCUCCUCCUCUUCUCUCCUCCUCUUCUCUCCUCCUCCUCUCUCCUCUCCUUUUCUCUCUUCUCCUCUCUUGUGUUCAUACUCUCUUCCUCGCUUGCUAUAGUGUUGAACCUUCUUGCCGUUCACCACAAGAUGUUUAUUGGAAAAGAGUUCAAUAACACCACACUGAACCGCAUGUGUGUGUGUGUGUCCUUACUGGAUGUGUGUGUGUGUGUGUGUUUUACUACGCAUGCGUGUGCGUGUUUCUAUCCCCUCUGAAAGCAUGUGUAAAUCCUGCUUGCUGCCACCAAUGGUCUUUUCAAUCGAUAUGUUCCCCCUGCCUCCCCCCUGCUCUCCCCCCUGCUCUCUCUCCUGCUCU